CCAUCAAAAAUCACACCAAAACGAAGCCGUUCCCUACUGCGCGCCGUACGACUCUCGUCUGCUUCUUCUGAAUCACUGGCUGUGUAUUAGGCUAAUAUUGUUAUUAUUAUUAUUAUUGUUUAUGUUUUUAUUAUUUCUUUUUAGUUGGACAAUCUGAGAAUUAGAAUGGGAAUGAGAAGUCAUUCGUGGCGAAAUCUGCUAAAGCGAUUCCAAUCAGUUUUCCCAACGAACCCAAACAGCAAGAGCUAUGGAAAUGGAAGUUCCAUUGUAUUUAUUAUUGUGCCACCGCCAAUUGCUGCCUCCUCUCCCUCAUUUCUUCGUUCUUUUUCUUCAACAGAAUUGCAGCCCCAAUUGUCGGCAAACAUUAUUAGGAUAAUGGAACAGAGGCUUUCGGCAAUUGAACACAGGAGCGCUUCUCUUCAGAAUCUUAUAAACCAGCCGGAAGCCUCACCAGCAGAUUAUGCAAGGGCUAAUAAGGAGCUUCGGAAGCUUAGAACUUCAACGGACCUCAUUAGCAAGUUAAGGGCUAAGCAGAAGGAGAUUGAUGGUUUGAAAUUACUGAUGUCUGAAAGUUCUGAAGACAAUGACAUGCUUAGCAUGGCAACUGAAGAAUUAGGCCAGGCCAUAGAGGAGGAGAAAAGAUUGCAGAAUUUCUUGCUGAAGUCACUGCUUCCAAAGGAUGCUGCUGAUGAGAGGGACUGCAUUUUGGAGGUGAGAGCAGGAACUGGUGGGGAAGAAGCUUCUUUGUUUGCAAUGGACAUAUUUAAAAUGUAUGAGAAAUACUCACAAAAGAAAGGAUGGAAGUUUGAAGUGGUAGAUCUUACAGAGUCUGAUCUUAAAGGAUAUAAGGAAGCUAGUGCUGCAAUCUCAGGAGCUGAUGUUUAUGGGAAACUUAAAUUUGAGAGUGGGAUUCACAGAGUGCAGCGAGUUCCUGUGACGGAGAAGUCUGGACGUGUUCACACAAGUGCUGUUUCUGUUGCUAUCCUUCCUCAGGCUGAUGAGGUAGAUGUCCAGUUAAGGAAUGAAGACUUGAGAAUUGAUACCUAUAGAUCUGGUGGUUCAGGUGGUCAACAUGCCAAUACCACUAACAGUGCUGUUAGAAUAACUCAUAUUCCUAGUGGCAUAGCCGUGGCCAUUCAAGAUGAACGAUCCCAGCACAUGAACAAGGCCAAGGCACUGAAGGUGCUGUGUGCCAAGCUAUAUGAAAUGGAGAGGUUUAGAAUUCAAAGCAGUCGAUCAAAACUUCGAUCGGAACAGAUUGGCAGUGGGGACAGAUCUGAACGCAUUCGAACAUACAACUUCCCUCAAGGGCGUGUGACUGAUCAUCGUGUCAACAUUACUCAUCAUGCAGUAAAUGAUGUAAUGGAGGGUGAAAAUCUUGAUGUCUUUAUUGAUGCUCUUCUUUUGCAGCAGGAAAUGGAUGCACUUACUUCUUUCAGUUCUUCCCAGCAAAACUAGUUGAUUGAUAGUAUUGCCUGGUGCCGACUUUGUAAUGUUUAAAUGUUUUUUUUUUUUUUUUUCAUUGCUUAGCAUAAAAAAUGUUCAUGAUUUUAUUGUUGUAUUUAUUAGCAUUUUUGGAUGUUUGGCGAACCUAGAAUGGGGAUGACAUUAACAGCAAGUUGUUAGGUAGGCAGCAAGGAUGUGUUUUGAGCAGUCAAGUCCCAACUCCCAAACUGCAUACGACCCGAAUGGCUAGCCAGGAGCUGGAUCGUGUUGCGUCUUGCGUGCAAAAUGUCCAAAUUGGGUUUGAUAGCAGCUUUUUGACAUGGGUUGGGACUUGACUUGGGAUUAGAAAAUAAAAAUAGAUUUAUUAUUAUUAUUA